AAAAACUUAAAUAAAUAGUUGUAUGUAUAAACUCAAAAAAAGACACAUCACUGAUCAUUAUGUCGGGCAUCUAUUUUGCCAGCGGCGACAGCAAUGCCAACGUCGAAUACCAAACCAUCUCCUCCACAGCUACCAACGAAAUUAGUCCUGAGCAAACAGAGCGUUUGCAUGAUUUGAUUUCAAAGGCACAACUCGAGAAAUUGCACGAAUCCUUUAAUGCAAGUCCAAAUCAAGUUGUGGGUUUCGCCGAAUUGCGAAGAUUGCUUGAGGAUGUGGACGUCACGUUUAGUGAUUACACCUAUAAUCGUUUAUUUCUUAAGAUUAAUCAGAAUCGGGAUUUCAUGAUCGAUUGGAAUGAGUUUGUUUCGUAUUUGAUCUUUGGUUUUCAAGAGGAGGAUCCCAGCAGUCAAAAGGAAGCACUCAUUAUGCCGAUUUCAACGGCGCCAUCGGUACGAAAAACCGAACACAGAUCCGCAGUCUGUUGUCUGGCAUUGCUCAAGGUGAAGUCCGAUCAGACGCCGCUUGAGGAGAUUACAGAGACCACAAACUAUUCGUUUGGUGGCGAAGAUUCGCCUGAGAAUUCGGGCAUGUGGGUGACGGCCAGUCAUGAGGGACAGCUGCGCUUCUGGAGCGCACACAUGGAACCGCUGCGCAGUGCGGUCUCCGAGAGCAGUAAUCUGCCAUAUGCCGUCUACUGCAUGAGCUAUGCCUUCUACAACAAUGGCAAAGUGCACUCCAAAUUGGUGCUGGGUGAUUAUGCGGGCAAUGUGCGCAUCUUGUCCUAUUCUCCUUAUUUGCGUGGUCCAUUCCAAGCCAAACCGGGCGCUGCUUUGAUCGAGCUCGUCUGGGCAGAUGUGUUACGUGGUCGCAUUCCGUUGUUGGUGCCGCGGGAAUACAUUAAUCUGCACAAUGAGCUUAUCUCAUGUGUCUACUACUCGCUGCACAUGAACACUCUGUUCGCUUCGGCGGAGUAUCGCAACACGAAGAAGUAUCGCGGUCGUUGUCCUGGCCUUAUCAUGGUCAGCAACGAUGAUCGCAAUAAUUUUCGCAUUCCUUUGGGUGUCACCGUCUUCUAUGUGUCGGAAAUUAAGAAUAUUUUAGUCACAGGUGGCCCAGAUACUUUUGUACGCAUCUGGGAUGUUUAUGUUUCAUCGGAACCAUCGGCUAUACUCACUGGCCACAAUGGUGGCAUCGUAGCGGUCUUUGUGCAGCCGGAAGAGAACAAAGUAUACAGUGUUGACUAUCACAAGAUCAUCAAGGUGUGGGAUUUGCAAGAGCACACAUUGCUUCAAACCUAUGGCGAUCUGGUGCGCAUCAUUCACCACAGCGAAAUGGACAUCAAGUACUAUUAUCAUUCGCAUCUGCGGGAAUUGAUGGUUGCGGGUCGCAAGCUCAUCUCGAUCAAGUGCUGUCCGCGGGUUCGUGUCGAUCUCACCGAUGGCAAUACGCAUGCUGCUCCCGUCUCUGUGGUGCUUUAUAAUCGUCUGUUUCGGAACAUUGUUACUUGUGGUUUGGAUAGCUAUAUUAUUGUCUGGGAUCCGUGGAGUGGCAGGCGCAAGAUCAUCAUGAAGAAUUGUCAUACGAAGAUGAUCUACGGUGAGACCAUUGAUAUUGAGAUCACGGCUGCCUGCUUUGAUCCGCUGGAACAGUUUCUGUUGACGGGUGCUCGGGAUGGUUCGCUUAAGAUUUGGAACUACAACAAUUCAGUGGUGAUACGAAACAUGAGCAUACAGCCGGAUCAGGAGGUCACAGCAGUUAUUUGGGUUGUAGAUCGCAUACUCGCGAUGGGCUGGGAUCGACAGGUUACCGAGUUCAAUGAUGUUGUGGGUCGUGAGUAUGGCGAUCCCAAGAAGUGGUCCAAGUUUCACACAGACGACAUCACUUGCGCCGAUGUUAAGUUGGGCGAGGGCGUUGUUACGGCCACCUAUUCUGGUGAGAUUAUCUUCUGGAAACUGGAGACAGGUCAGCCAUAUCGACGCUACAAUGUCAUGGAUCCCAAGCGCUUUAUUGAGCUAAAACUCAGUCGGGAUGAGGAGAAGCAUGAGCGACGCAGCAAACGCAUGUCCUCGUUGUCGGCAAUCGCGCGUAUGUCACGCAUGACGACGGUUGGUGGUAGCUUCAACAAACCCGAUGAGAUUAAAGAUUACGGCAGCAAUAUACCUGUCUCUGUGCAGGCGGUGCUCUUUCUGCAGAAGCGUCCCAUGACCAAGGAUCACGGGAGUGUCUUUAUCUCGUUGGAUACGGGUAUUAUUCAGGUGUAUUCGCAUCAUCAGCAUGGCGGCAUCCUCAGUCAGUUCUAUGCGGUGCACAAGUUGGGCGAUUGCGUGCUCACCAUGGCUACGGAUCGCAAGAAUCGUUUUUUAUAUACUGGUACAGCCUUCGGAUACAUCAAGGUCUGGCACAUUGUCAAUUAUUGUGUACCAGAGGCAGAGAAGAUUCACGUGUGCAUGCCGAGACUACGACUGGAGUUCAUUUUUCUGCGCAAGGAAGUCUUUAUGCCCAGAGCGAAGCGCAUAGUGAGAAAUCAACCGGAGCCGAUGCUGGUCAGUUCCUAUAAGGGACAUUUGAAGGCCAUCAAUUCCAUUGGUUUCAUCAAUUUGCCCAAGAUAAUAUUCACUGGCAGUCACGACUACUCGUGUCGCUUGUGGACCCAAGGCGGUCGUUACCUGGGUACCUUGGGCACAGUGCUGCCGUGGUCGAAGCUGUCGCCCUUCGAGCGCGCCGGUGAGGAUAAUCGCGCCUAUCGUCUGCCGCCAGACAUCAAGAAGGUUGCCAGCUCCACAACGCUUAAGGUCAUUACGGGCGUACAGUACCACACGCCGGUCAAACGCGCCCGAGUCAGCGAGAAGCGAGAGGAUGAUCGUGAGAUGGAGGAGAGCACGGCCAACGAUUUGAAGAGCAUGUUCGACAAGCCGCUCAGAGAACCCAUUCUGGGCAAUCACUUUACACUGCCCGGUCGCAGUGCCAUCGAGCAGCGCAUCGAACUGGACACAACGCAGCUUUAUAUUCCAGUCUACACGCAUCUGCGUGUGCAUCCCUCGACGAUGAUGGACAAUCUGCCUACGCCGCCUAUUAUUGGGCAGGUGAAGGCCGAGAAUUAUUUGAAACAUUACAUGCCCGUUGAGGGAAAAGUCGAUCCCAAUACGUCCGCAAUUAAUAUAAGAGAACCGCAACCGUUGCAGCCACAGCAGCCACAAGUGCGCUACAAAGCUGGAGCUGCCUCCUCCUCCAGUCAGCAUAAGCCACGCAAAUCCAAAACCAAACCGUCCUAA